CUCGGGCCGGGCGCUGUGCGUGGUCCGGAGGCCGCGGGCAGGCUAGGCGGGCGCAGGGCAGGUGUUGGAAGUUACUUGCUCUUCUGGCAUUUAUAUAGUUUUCAUAUAGAAGCAGCACUGGACUAAAAUGUUCCUGAUGCCGGCCUCUUCGGAGCUAAGCAGUGGGCAGAACUUCUUAACGCAGUGGACUACCAAUCCUUCUCGGGCUGGGGUCAUAUUAAAUCGUGAAUUUCCCAUCCUGGAAGCAGAUGAAGAGAAACAUGAAGCUGUGAACAUAUCUACCAGCUUUCCCAUAAAAGCUGUGCAUUGUUUAAAUAGCUUCAGUUUUUUAAGUGAAGAGGAUUCACUUGAAGAACAGAAAUUGAAACCUAAUAGCCCUUACAAAUUACAGUCAGAUGAAUCUGCAACACAGACUGCCUUCCCCUUAAUCAAAAAGGUCCCUCAGAUUGUGGCAUGUGAGGGUGCUUCUGGGCAUUCGGAAGGUAACAAAAGUGACUUUAUUUCAGUUACUGAAAGUGAAAGCAAAGACUUGGCUUAUAAAGAUCCACUUUUUAAAAAGCUUGAACAGCUGAAAGAAAUGCAACAGAAGAAGCAGGAGCAACUGAAGAGGCAACAGUUAGAGCAACUGCAGAGACUCAUGGAGGAGCAAGAGAAGCUGCUAACCAAGGUGUCUGGGCAGCAUAUACUCCCAGGUAUAAGUCUACUGCUUGAUGCUCAGAGCCCAAAGUAUAGAUGUCCAGGAAAUUCUGCCACCAUAGAGAAAAACACCCCCUACUUAUCAACUGUCAGCCAGAAUCAAACACAAGGAAAAAUGUACAGCUCCAACUUUUUAUCUGAUCAACAAAACCACUUCAGCAAAAGUUCUCCUCAGGAUCUUGUCUCAAGCAGUGCAUCUCCCAGUUUGUUUUAUGUAGCAAAAUAUCAAGGAGCACCAGUGAAAAUGAGUGAUUUUAAGGAAGAAAAUUGUAAUGACUCUAUAGGAGAAGGUAUUUUACCAUGUUUGGAGAAAGUGAUGGAACAGUUUCAGGAAGGGAGUGAGAUGAACUUACAAAAAGUUGCUGACUCCUCAGAAGUGAUUAAUAUUGAAGAAAGGCCGAUUAAAGUUGCUAUUAGAGAAAAGAAGCAGACAUUUGAAGACUAUUUAGAAGAACAGAUUCGGUUGGACGAACAGAAGAUGAAACAAAAACAGCUACAGGAAGCAGAAGGAUCAUCACUAAUCAAAGCAAAACCUAAACAGCCAUUUUUGAAACGAGGAGAAGGUUUAGCUAGAUUUACUAAUGCUAAAUCUAAAUUUCAGAAAGGAAGAGAAUGUAUUCUAGAGAAUAACCAGAGCGUUUUUGAGGAUCGACCUAUAUUUAAAACAGACAGACAACAAUUCCAGCGGAAAACUGCUCUUAUAGGUAAAGAACUAAGUACAGAGAGUCCUCCUGUUAAAAAGACCACUAACCUCAGAACCAAGGCGGGCUUUGUCCCGCUCAAUCCGAAACCAACGGUACUUAAGAAUAAGAAGAAAAGCCUUUCUCCAUCAGGAUUGAAAAUUCCAGUAGGGGAGAAUUGUGAUGGGCAGUUUAGAGACCAGGCCAAAUUAGAAAAGAAGCUUGAAUCUAAUAAUAAAGAAAAUGUACCUGAGUGUAUAAAGCCUAGUAAUAUGACUUGUAAAGUCUGGAGUAAAACACAAGGUAAAGACAAAUCAUUUGUUUUGCCUGGGGCCAUCAGCUGCAAGGCUUCUAGAAAUGAGGCUGUGAAAGAGGCGGAAUCUGCCCUCGAUAUUUCUUUCCAGAAAAAGUUGGAGAAUUGGGAACAAGAAAAGGAAAAGGAAAAUUUGGAAUUAGAUGAAUUUUUGUUUCUAGAACAAGCUGCUGAUGAGAUAUCAUUUUCCAGUAAUUCCUCUUUUGUACUGAAGAUUUUGGAGCGGGACCAACAAAUUUGCCAAGGUCGCCGACUGUCUUCUACCCCUGUCAAAGCUGUGCAGCUAGAAAACGUGACUCCAGACCCCAUUAAUCAUUGCAAUCAAAAUGAGGCUCCGGGGGACUCUGGCUGUGGGCAUCACCAUGAGUGUGAGAUUGCACCCAGACAAGUGGACUCUGCAUUCCCAUCUGAUGGACUGAGGGAACCAUCCCGUAAAGCCAUUAGGAAAUCUUUUGGAAUCAGCACUUCUGAGAAUACAACUAGGUGGAAUGUGAGCGACGAAGGUGCCAUGGAUAGUGACAGUAGUACUAUUUCUGAGGAACUUGAUAUCACCAUGAAGCCCUCAGCUGAGGAUAACGAGAGGGCUUCCAGCCUCAGCGGGGAUAACCUGCAGGUCUCCGACAGUGAGAGGCCAUUCGGGGAAGCUGGGGCUCAAAUAGCUGAAAGGAGAGAUGCUGAUCUGGAUUUGUCUGAUAAAGAUUAUAGUAGUGAUGAGUUUGUCAUAGUAGAAAACUUGAAAAAUAAAGCUGUAAGUAUCAGUAAAAUUGACUUUGAUGAUGAAAGAACUUGGACAGACCUUGAAGAACAUUCGUUUAAGAAUGAUGCUUUUCUUGGGAAUGGAGCCCUUCCUGCGACUCCCCACACAGCCUCUUACUCAAAGGGUGAGAUAUGUGCACCUGAAAGAACAAUAAGAAGGAAGGUUGCCCCUGUGAGGAAGGGGGAAGAACUGAGCAAACCCAGCAGGAGCUCCAGCCCUCCUGCGUCAGAUCUGAUGAUUAAACUCUUCCCUGCUUUGAGACCAACACCAAAACCAGAGUCACACUUGGGAAAUGAACCCAAAUUAAACCAAAGUCAAGAUCACCCAUCUGGUGACAGAGCUCGAUCUCAAGUUUUGAGAGAGAAAGUUUCUGAAUUGGAAACAGAAAUAGAAAAAUUUAAAGCUGAGAAUACAACUUUAGUUAAACUUCGCAUUGAACAAGAAAGUUCCUUGGAAAAACUCAGGAAAGAAAUUACAGACUUCGAACAACAUAAAGCAAAAGAAUUAGCUCAAAUAGAAGAGCUUAAGAAGGAGGAAAUAAGGAAGCUGCAAAAGGAGCGUAAAGUUUUUGAGAAGUACACUGCAGCCACACGAGCUUUUCCAGAUAAAAGGGAACGUGAAGAAAUACAGGCUUUGAGGCAGCAAAUAGCGGAUUUACAGGAAGAUUUUAAAAGAAAGGAAGCAAAAUGGUCAAGUGCACAUGGCCGUCUGAGAAGCCAGAUAGAAGUGCUGGUCAGAGAGAACACAGAGCUCCGUGAGGAAAUUAAAGUGAUGGGAAGGUCACGGCUAGACGCUUGGAAGAGAGCCAGCGCUGCUGAGAGCAGCAUGAAGAAUUCAUCAGUUCGAUUUCAAAACAACCAUAGUUCUUCAGAAAACCAGGCAGAAAAAUUCAAGAAAAAGUAUUUGCCAACACAAGGCAAUCCAUCUCGAAGAUCCAAAUCUGUGCCUUCAAGUGAUGUAGGCAGUUCGAAUAAGGGACAAAUAUCCUCACCGAAGGAGCCACCUGAGAUAGUGAACUUCACAGACUGCAAAUAUAAAGAGGAUGAUGCAAAAGAAGAAAAUGAAGAAAUUCAAGAAGUCAGUCAUCCUGAUGGAAAGAUUGAAAAGGUUUAUAAGAAUGGGUGCCAUGUCAUAUUGUUCCCAAAUGGAACCAGGAAAAAAGUGAGCGCCGAUGGGAGAACUGUUACCAUCACUUUCUUCAAUGGUGAUGUGAAGCAGCUCAUGCCAGACGAGAGAGUGAUCUACUACUAUGCAGCUGCUCAGACCACGCACACCACCUACCCAGAGGGGCUGGAAGUCUUGCAUUUCUCAAGUGGACAAACCGAAAAGCAUUUUCCAGAUGGGAGGAAAGAAAUCACAUUUCCUGACCAGACUGUCAAAAAUUUAUUUGCUGAUGGACAAGAGGAAAGCAUUUUCCCAGAUGGUACAGUUGUUCGAGUACAACGAGAUGGCAACAAAAUCAUCGAGUUUAAUAAUGGCCAAAGAGAACUCCAUACUACACAGUUCAAGAGACGGGAAUAUCCAGACGGCACUGUUAAAACCGUAUACACAAAUGGCCACCAAGAGACAAAAUACACAUCUGGUCGAGUAAGAAUUAAAGACAAGGACGGUAACGUUAUAAUGGAUACAAAAUUAUAAUGGUCCUUGAGUGACUAAUCAUGAAAUAACACUAAUUUAAUUUUGUUGAAAAAUGUACAUUUAUUUCAUGUACGUUCUGUUGUUUAUUUUGUAUG